AUGGAGCCGGGGGGCAGGCGACUGCCCAUCCUCUUCCCGACUGGGGACAGCCGCUUCCCGGGCCCACAGACGGCCGUGUUCGGGCAGGCGAGCGAGCCAGGGCCUCCUGCCGCAUUUGGGCAUCCAGUGAUUGGGGCGAUGGGCUCAGCUCUCCCGGCAGCUGCCGGGCCCAGUCAUUCUUUCAGCUUCAAGCCUCUCAACCCGUUUCCCGCUUCCGCAAGCUUCGGUACAUCAGCGGGGAUGAAUUUUGGGCAGCCCGAGCCAACCUUCAGUUCGCUUGGCCACGCCGACUUACUGCGGGUCCGUGCUCCCGGGCCGGACGUAGACAGAGCGCCCGGUAAACUCCCGUCCUUUCACUUCUCGCAGCCCCCGAGCAGUGGGGGAGAAGGGGGUGUGUUUGGCUCACAAAAGAACAAGGCUGGCCCCUCUGCACCUAUCUUCAGUUUCUCACAAGCCACAAGCAGCUCCUCUUCCAGCUGCUUCGGGUUACCUCGGCCGAAAGCUACUACUAGUUUACCAGAGACCUUUAGCUUCUCUCAACCGACAGCCAUGGACAGUUCUGCCGAAAGCUUUCGCUUUGGCCAGCCGGCUCCCAACAGCAAUAGGUCUUCGGCCCCGUUCACUUUCUCACAACCAAGUGUAGCUAGCUCCGUGGAUGCGUUGGCGUUAAACAAAACAUUGGGGAGCGAAGAAAUAACUGGUCAGAAAUCAGCUUUUGUAGGGAGUGACGCCAGUCCUUUGGCAUAUGAUGGUAAACAUGGUGCAACGGGAACCGGUGGAACUCCGGGUAGGACAAAGCACGAAGUGGAGGAAGAACAGUUAACUCCCAAAAAGGGAGUAAAAAGAAAAGACAAGCGAGACAAGUCACCACCUCAAUUUGAACACAGUCCUGCUGAAGAACAAGCAGUAGGGACGAUAAGUAGGCCGUCCUUGGGGAAGCGGCCGAUGAAAGUUGCACCAUCAAUGGGAGUCUUCAGUCGCACCAUUCGCGAUGUGCUGAAAGGUAAGAGGGAGAUGAAAGGAGAUAGCGCUCGCCCUGAAGAUGAAACAAUUGAAAGAAUAAAGCGAUUGUCCGAAACGAGCAUUUGCUGGCCUGGUCGUAUGAGAAAAGAAGAAACAAAAAAGAAAUUGAGAGAUGAUCUUUCUAGCAAGAUUCCUUAUCGGAGACUACGCCGCGGUAAUAGUACAGAGAGCCUUUCCGGAACUUCUUUAUCAGAGCUCACUGCCAUUCAGUGUAAAAACAUCCCAGCUGACCUGAACAAAAAAGGGAUCAUCAGGAAGCACUUCUCUCAGUUUGGCAAAGUGCAGAGAGUCUAUUGCCAAACCAAUAAGAAUCAGGCUGUGGUUCACUUUACCAAUAAUUUAUCGGCAUCCACUGCCAAAAAGAAAGGAAAGUUGUUAUGCAAUCGACCCAUUGAAAUAUUUUGGCAAAGGAAGAAAAACAGUCCUGGAAAGAAGUCCUCAUGGGAAGGAGGAGGGAAACCAAAAGGAGAUGAGAAGCUGAGCUCUGAUAAACCCGAUGUGGAGCGUAAACCUGAAGUAGAGUGUUCACCUUUACGCAAUCCUACUGUGAAAGCGACCGCUGUUGGAAAUAUCGCAAAUAGGUCGCCAGUUAAGAGUGCACUUGCAAAGAGCCAAAAACUGGAGAGUGAACCUCAGCAUGUGCCGGAGAUGGAAGAUCAGGUGACAGUGCCUGAGCGUACAGUGACCCUACCUUCUUCUCUCAGUCAUCUGCUCGGCACAGUGGCUGUUAAUGCUGAAGAAAAAUUUCGGGUACUUGACCAACGAGACAAAUUAAUGAGACAAGCCCGAGUGAAAAGAACUGAGCUGGAAAAAGCUAAAGCUGUGGUGGGGACCUGUAUGGACAUGUGCCCAGAGAAAGAGCGUUACAUGAGGGAGACAAGAUUCCAGCUCAGUCCUUUCGAGGUCAUACCUGGCACUGACAAGGUUAACCAUGAAGCUGCAAUCAAGGAGUAUAGCAGGUCAUCAGCAGACCAGGAAGAACCUUUACCUCAUGAACUUCGCCCUGCCUCUGUGUUGAAAUUCACAAUGGAUUACUUAGUGAGUCGGAUCAUGGAUCUGGGUGAAGGCAAUUACCGGGACUGGUAUGACUUUGUGUGGAACCGAACUCGUGGAGUGAGAAAGGAUAUUACACAACAACACCUAUGUGAUAAGAUGACAGUGGCACUAAUCGAGAAGUGUACACGAUUUCACAUCCACUGCAGUCAUCAUCUCUGCGAGGAGCCAAUGUCUUCCUAUGAUGCGAAGAUCAAUGAUGAAAACCUGACCAAGUGUUUGCAAAGCCUGAAAGAAAUGUACCAGGAUUUAUCCACCAAGGAAACCUACUGUGAGAAUGAGGCAGAAUUCCGGGGCUACCAUGUUCUGCUUAAUCUCAAUGAGGGAGAUAUUCUCCGGGAAAUCCAGCAGUUCCGUCCAGUCAUCCGCAACUCUCCAGAGGUGAAGUUGGCAGUGCAGGCAUUUGCAGCUCUAAACAGCAACAACUAUGUGAGGUUUUUCAAACUGGUCAGGGCAGCUUCCUACCUGAAUGCCUGCAUACUGCAUCGCUACUUCAAACAGGUUCGUCGUGAGGCUCUCAAAACUUUGAAUUUUGCUCUGACAGUGAGCUCUCAGCGUGCCACCAUGUUUCCGAUGGAUACCCUUGUUAGAAUGCUGCUGUUUAAAGACUAUGGAGAGGCGGCAGAAUUUGCCAAGGUCUAUGGGCUGAGUGUGAGCGAUGGAUGUGUUGAAUUGAAUCGUUCAACGUUAUGUGAGCCAGAUUUUGUACUGCUGCCCAAGAAGUCCUUAUUUAUUGACCAGAAACGCACCACUCUGAUUGGUGAAGUAGUGAAUGGAGGACCAUUUCCACUCUUCUUAAGCCAUGUCCCUGUCUUGAGCUUUGACAAUCAAGGGCGAUUCAUUGGAGAGAGCUUUGAGCCAAGUAAUGUGGGCCAGAAACCGACUCUGCAAGAUGAUCAUGAAGCAGAAAUAAAGGUUGAACCUCAGCCUGAAACAACAUCCACGACAAUGCUACCAGAGCAAACUCCAGCUCAAGAAAUACUUCCUGUUGAACAGCCUUCUCAGCCACCAAUACCCUCACUACUUCAGAUUCUCACUUCUCCAGCACCUUCGCUAUCUGUGGCCCCUCAGGCACCCAGUGCACCUCCACCAAAACCGCAGCCAGCCUACCCUGAGAAGAUGAUAGAUGAUGUUGUGAAAGAUGUAGUCAAAGAUAUGGUGAAGGAUGUCCUUCGUGUGGAGUGUAAAGAAGUGGCAAAAGCAGGAGCAACUUAUGCUGCUGAAGCCAUCAGCAUAUCAAAUGUGUCCACUGAGGAAUUAAUUGCCGAAGUUACCACGGAGAUGUUGAAGGAAACAUCAUCUGAGGAAGUUCAGGCUGAAAGGCAGAGGAUUGAAGAUGAAAAGCGGAGGAUUGAACAGGCCAGAGUGAAGCAGGAAUGGGAGAUGUGGAAGAGCAGCUAUAGUCAAGCACUAUGUGAUGAGCUUACAGAUCAAGUUGUGGAACAUGCUGCUAGAAAAUACGCCACUCAGGAGCUAAGCUUUGCAAGAGAGGAAGACAGGAGAGCCCGAAUCAACCGCUGUUCCAAGGAGCUCUGUAGCUGCCUCAUCAAAGAAACACUGGAGAGUGAGAUUUUCCAGGCUGUGAAGGAGACACUCCAGCAAGUUCAUUGUUUCUGCAAGUACUUGAAGAAAUGGAGAGCUACAGCAGAGGCUCGGAAACGCUUGAGAAAACAAAUGUGGAUGUUCCCAGCAGCUCCAGGAAGUGUAGGCAUUGGCUGCAAACUGAGUCCCCAAAAGAGGAGCCCAGAGCUACCACCAGAAGACAGCCUCAGCAUUUCUUGUACACGGUUGCUUCAGAGGAGGAAGGAGAUUGCUCAUCAAAUUAGAGUUCAGAAUUUCUAUCAACAGCUCCUUGGUCAGGCUGCCUGGAGUCCUCUGGAUUUGUUUACAUUGGUUGCCGAAAGCUUCCCAAUUCGUCAGAAAAGAAUCUUCUGGAAGGUGGUACUACUUUUGCCAAGUGAUGAAGAAUGUGGACCUGGUGAGACCAACAGAAUUUUGAUUGAUUGGCUGAAGGCCAAGUUCCGAGGAAAUGAAUGCACGGAGGAUCUCAGCAGUGAUGCAGACAAUGUAAUUCAGACAUACCAGUGCAAAGCUGUCAGCAGAAAUGAAGGAAUCAGUGAGCUUGUGUACAUCUGUGUCAAGGUGACCAGAGGCCCACUGAGUGAAACAAACAUAGAUGCAAUGGAACAGCGCAAAGAACUUCUGGGGACAACAGCCCUGAUUCUCUUGCUCCCAGCACGUGUGGAAGGCUCAGACCAGGAUGAAGAGGAAGUCUACUGGCUCUCUGCUAUGCUUCAAAUCAAGCAGCUGUUACAAGCAAAACCUUUAAAUCCUGCAAUCCCACUGGUCAUUCUUGUUCCCGGAGAGGGAAAGCCAUUGAAUGAGGAAGAGGUGAUAGAUGGUCUAAACCUCGACAACCUGGUGGCCACUCAUCUUGUGUCUGAAUAUUUCAUUGUUCUGAUCCCUGAGCAAACCAACGAUCUUCAGGGAUCAAACAAGGUGUCUGCAGCAGUAAGCUGGCUUGCCUCACAUUGUCCACCACCCCCAGAGGUCUGCUGCCGGACUCUGAUGCAGUUCAUCGAAGAUGGGCUGUGCCGAGAGUUCAGUGACCAAUUUUACAGUGAUAAAUCUGAAAGGCAGUCAGCUGCCUUGCCUUCACAGAACCCCAGCGCCAUCAUUGAGCUUUACAAUGACGUGCUACAAUUCCUUUCAGAAGUGAUAUCCUCUGAGCUGCUGUACGAUCUUUCCUGGCCAGUGGCAGAGUUCUGUGGGCCCACAGCAGAUGAAAUAUUGGCUCACAAAGACUGGAAUUCUAAUAGCCACCUGGCCUGGCUGAAGAAUGCAGCGCUGUCUUUUCAGUUGCCACUGAUGGAUCUACCUCCUUUGAAUGCUCCAUGGCCUAAGGUCUGCGAUAUGAUCUCCCAUUACGUGUCUCAAGUGCCAUGGUCACAGCAAGCUUGUCCACUGCUCCUUUCCAAGGUUGAACAACUGCUGAACAGAAUACACGACAGGUGGAAAGAGAACAGUUUUCUUUCCAUGGAAGCCUUAGCCGAUGAGGGGCCUUCGGUCUCAGAAAUCCCCUGGGAUGAAAUUAUUGCCUAUUGCAUUGAUCACCGGCUGACAGAGUGGAAGCCCCUAAUCCCACCCUGUGCUGCAGGAGCUGUGAGUGAAGAUGGCCAGAUCCUUGUCUAUUAUUUUCAGAAAGACCUUAAAAAAUAUAAGCUUCCCAUAAUAUGGCAACAAGCACGAUCACAUACCCAAGUGGAAAUCCAAGAUGCCUCUAAAAGGUUGGCGCAAAAGCAGACUUGCUCUUCAGUUAAGCAGAAAUUGGACUUUAAACCUUGCACCAUGAAAGUCAGCUCUGAAGAAACCCUUCUGGAAAGGAGCGUUUCUGCUCUGGAUAUCACUCGUACUUACUCAGCAGAGGAACUUCUGCCAGAGCGAUUGCGGACAGGAUUGGAAACAGAAAGAGAGGAAAAUCGAAGGUGUGAAGAACAACUCUACCGUUGGCUUGAUGAAGGUCCCUUGGAGCCAGUCGCUCUCCCUUUGUACCUCCCACAGUCCUUGGCCUCUGCUGCUGAACUCUUUGUGCCCAGUCUCCAAGCUCCAGCUUCGUCCCCACCACAGGAGGUUGCCAAUAACAAGCACAGUGAGGAAUCCAAUAUGAAUGACUCUAAUUGGCUAAACGAUUCAACAAUGACUUUAUCAGACAAACUGAAAGAGUUUACAAGAUUGAUCCAGGCCAGUCGAGAAGAAGAAAUGACCUGUGAACGUCACCUAUCAAUAUUACUGGACUUAACUGACACAUGAUGAAAUUAGCAGAAGGAACCUAUACUUUCUGGAAUAAUGUAUAUGGUUACAGUCGGGUGGAGUAUAACUUGAGAUCAUUCCUACCCGGCAGGAGACAUUUUAUUUUUGUCCCAAACUUUGAUACGUGCAUUUCUUAUUUGUUACAACCAUUUGGAUUGGUGAUUAAUGGAACAUGACCUCGUGUUUAUUCAAGUAAAUCACUGUUGUUUCCCAGUUUUUUAAUUGCUGCUUACAUUUGUUUUUAGUUACAGAAAACUUGCCUUGCCCCAAGGAAAUAAUCUUUCUGUUGAUGUACUGCGAUCUGAUAAAUACUCAAUUUCUGGUGGAGGGUGUGAGCAGAGAUGACAAGAUGCAGGCCUCGUAUUUAGUGUAAAUUUUCAGUGUACAUUAGAGGAGAGUUGAAAAAAUCCACUCAUAAAUGUUGCAUUUUACUAAGCAAAGUAGUGCUUUUUGAGAAAUGAACAUUUAAAGCUCUUUGGCUGACUGGUUUUAAAGUAUCUUUUUGUUUGGUGCCCUUUUCUGAAAAUGUGUCUACUUUGGAAAGGUGGAAGUGACUAACAAGUUCAGGUUCUAAGUCUUCUGAAAGGUACUAAAAAGUUAAUAAAAUAAAUUGCUGUAUUAUUCAACUUGAGAUCAACCAUAAGAAAUUUAUAAUACUAAAUGAAGAUGCCAUUUCAUUAGCUCUUCACUCAGCUCUGGAGUAUCUGGAUGGUGAAAAUGCAUAAAUCAGGAUACUCUUCAUUUUCUAUAGCUCAAAAUUCAGCACUAUCAUCCCCUCAAAACUAAUGAAUAAACUCCAAGACCUAGGCCUCGAUACUUCCUUGUGCAACUGAAUCCUUGAUUUCCUUACUUGCAGCCCCCAUUCUGUAAGGAUUAGCAACAACAUCUUCUCCACAAUCACCAUUAGCACAGGUGAACCACAAGACUGUGUGCUUAGCCCCCUGCUCUGAACGCUUCAUACUUAUGACCAUAAGGCUAAGUACAGCUCCAAUGUCAUUUUUAAGUUUGCUGAUUAUACCAGAAUUGUUAGCCAAAUCAAAGGUGGUGACAAAUGGGUAUAUAGGAGGGAGAUUGAAAAUCUAGCUGAUUGCUGCCACAAUGACUACGUCUCAUGAGGCAGUCCUCAUUUUAGGGGAUGGGAGGUGGAUAGUAUCAGUCACUUUAAAAUUCCUUGGCAUUAUCAUAUGCCAAGGAUCUGUCCUAGGACCAGCAUAUAUAUAAGUCCCAUGAUAAAGGAGGCACCACCAUGAUAAAGAAAGCACCUCUGCUUUCUUAGAAGUUUGCAUAGAUUCAGCAUGUCAUCUAAAACUGAUAAACCUCUAUGGAUAGACAGAGGAGAGUGUCCCAACUGGUUGAUUCCUGGCCUGAUAAGGAAACACCAAUGCGCAGGAACGGGAAUAUCUAUACAGCAAGUGGUGGAUAUAGCCCAAUCCAUCACAGCAAAAGCCCUCCCCACCUUUGAGCACAUCUACAAGGAUUACUCCAUAAGAAAGCAGCAUCCAUCAUCAAGGACCCCCACUGUCUAAGCCAUGCUUUCUUCUCGCUGCUGCCAUUGGGAAGGAAGUACAGGAGAAUUAGGCCCCAUGCCAUCAAGUUCAGCUCCUACCCUUCAACCGUCAGCUCCUAAAUCAGCUUGGAUAAUUUCACUCACCACAACACUGAAUUGAUCACUGAAUGAUUUAUUGACUUAACCUCCUUAAUCCCUCCACUUGCUGACCCCUUGCUCUGGUUCCCAUCUCUCUACCACACUAGUUUAAACCAUCCUGAGUAACAACCAGUAAAUAUUGCAAGGGUAUUGGUGCCCUUCCAUUUUAGGUGCAACUUGCCCUACCUGUAUAAAUCCCUUCUGCCCUGGAAUAGAUCCCAGUGAUCCAGGUAUCUUAAAGAACUGUUGUUACUUAUUUAAAAAAAAUAGUAAAAUUCAAAGUAAAUUUAUUGCCAAAGUACAUGUAUCUCACUACAUAUUACUCUGAAAAUCAUUUUCUGGGCAUCCCUGUUCUAUAGCUUUCUGCCAGAGUGCAGGUACAGAUGCUACUCCAUAAAUAAGCCUAUUAUAGCAAUAAAGCCCUUUGUGAGUGUUUACGGUGAGGAACACUUUGGACUCUUCUUCCAUCUCCAUCUGCAGGUAGGCGUCAGCUAAGUCCACUUUGCUUUAUUGUUUUCAUCCAGAAAGGUUUGCAAAGAUAUCCUUUAUCCAGGGCAGAGGGUAUUGAUUUACUGUCAGUACUGGGUUGAUGAUGACCUUAAAAUCACCACAGAUCCUGACAUACCCAUUCUUCUUGGCUACUGGGACCACUGACAUUGCCCAUGGGUUCCAGUCAACCUUGGAAAGAAUUUCUUCAACUUCCACAUGAACCAGCUCACUGGCUACUUUAUCACCGAUGACAUAACGAACCAGAUGGACUUUGUAAAACUUGGGUGUAGCAUUUUCACUUAAUACUAUUUUACCCUUGAUAUGUUUGAGUCUUCCAGUGCCAUCUGCAUUGAACACUGCUGUAGCAUCAUUCCAGUAUCUAUCUUAAUUCACUUUCAGUUGACUCUAUUGCAGGGGAUGUGGCACACAAAUGGUGGAUGGAUCUCCAAUCAAGUCAUAGUUGUCUCAGCCACAAUGUUGGCUUCCUUUUUUAACCACGUACAAGUCCAGUGUGGCUUGUUGAUUGUUGUAUUUCACUGUUAUAAAUGUCAUUCCCACAGGAAUUAUCUUUUCUCCAGUAUAAGUUCUUAGUUGGAUAUCUGCAGGCUUCAGUUUGGUAUAUUUGAAAUGUCAUUCAAACUUUUUUGUGGAAUGACUGAAACAGCUGAGCCAGUGUCCCAAUUCCAGUUCAAUUAAUUUGCUGUUCACUUCUGGUGUAAGCCAUAUUACUUGCCUGUUAGUUUUUUUUUGUAAUUUUUUUUAUUGAAGUUCACCAUCAAACAUUUCAUAAGACGCAUUUCAGAUAUUGUACAUGUAUAUCAUAUAGUCAUAUACGCCAAAAUCUCCACAUAAUAUUUAUCUGAGGUAUACACUUAGAGAAAAGAGAGGAAAGAAAGAACAAGCAAAAGGAGAAAACUUUGUAGAAGUAGGGAGUGAUUUUUUUUUACAACAUUCAUUGAUUAGUGAGAAUAAAAUCAGGCCUAUAAGGUGUUAUGUAGUUAAACCAUUUUUCCCAGUAUGAAUCAAAUUGUUCCAACUUAUGAUUAACAGAUGUUGUUAUCUUCUCCAUUUUGUAAAUGUCCAUUGUAAUUUCCAUCCAUACAUUUAAAGUUGGACUCUCCUGUGAUAA